AUGCCAAUGCCAACGCCAACGCUUACUUAUCCUACAUUAUCCAAAGACCAUGGAACUUUAUUGACAGAUGCAACUGGGUGUAGAAAUGUUGUGGAAGCAUUACAGUAUGCUACGUUAACUAGACCAAGCAUGGUUAAGUUUCUUGCUGAUGCAUUAACAAAGUCUUUAUCUCGUGCUCGAUUCAAAUUUCUUCGUGACAAGUUUCGAAUUCUAAGUAAAGAAUGCUCAGCUUGA